AUGGCGCCAAAUUUAGCCGCUGCAAAGCACGAGUUUAUCAAUGACAUGACUCACAGAGAACUCUCUGUAUGGCAGAUGUCACAGGCUGCUGGCUGCACACCGCCAAACAGAGGUGGUCGACCACGGGGCAUCACUUCAGUCAUGCUAGAAGCUCUUUACGAUUAUCUACUCGAGAAACCUAACUUAUAUCUCGACGAAAUGGCGAUUUUUUUGUGGGAUGAGUUCGACAUCCAAGCAACAAAAUCUGGCACCAGCCGGGCUCUUGCAUUCAAAGGCUAG